AUGCCUCUCGUGCUCCCGAACCUUGGUCCCCGAGUCAUCCUUGGGCUGAUGACCUUCGGGCCCGAUGAAAGACAAGGCGCGCGGAUCACUUCGCUUGACGAGUUCAAGAAAUGCCUUGAUUGUCUGUCGGAGAAUAACCACUACGAAAUUGACACCGCAAGGAUUUACGUUGGAGGCCAGCAAGAAGCAUUCACCGCCCAGGCAGGCUGGAAAGAACGGGGGUUCAAAAUCGCUACCAAAUGGUAUCCCCGCAACCCCGGCGACCACAAGCCCGAAGUGAUCCGGCAGAACUUGGAGAAAUCUUUGAAAGAGCUGCAGACUGAUUGUGUUGACAUCUUCUACCUGCAUGCGGCCGACCGUUCUGUUCCGUUUGCUGAGACCUUGGAAGCUGUCAAUCAGUUGCAUGUAGAGGGGAAAUUCGUUCAGUUGGGGCUCAGUAAUUAUACGGCAUUUGAAGUCGCGGAGAUUGUCACAAUGUGCAAUGAACGCGGUUGGGUACGGCCCACCGUUUAUCAGGGGAUGUACAACGCCAUCAGUAAGGAAGCCCGUGCAUCUAUUCUGCCUGAGACUAACAGAGCAAACGUAGCACGAUCUAUUGAGACUGAAUUGAUUCCUUGCUGCAAAAGAUACGGAAUUGAUAUCGUCAUUUAUAAUCCGCUUGCAGGAGGGAUCCUUUCUGGGAAAUAUAAAACCGCAGACAUUCCAGCAGACGGACGAUACAGCGAUGCCCACGGAACCACCGGCAGGCUGUAUCGGAAUCGUUAUUUCAAGGAUGCGACAUUUGACGCCCUCCGAGUCAUCGAACCAGCUGCCCAGAAGCAUAACCUGACUUUGAUUGAAAUCGCUCUGCGAUGGCUCUGCCACCACUCUGCUUUGAACAUCAAGGACGGCGGUAAUGAUGGCAUUAUCGUCGGUGUCAGUAGCCUGAAGCAGCUGCAAGAAAAUCUAGCAGACAUUAAAAAGGGCCCGUUGCCUGAGGAUGUGCUUGCCGCACUAGACGAGGCAUGGCUUGUAGCAAAGCCCACAACAGCAAACUACUGGCAUUUGGAUCUGAAUUACACCUAUGACACUACCAAAGCCCUGUUUGGACCAAAAUAG